AUGACCAACAACUUCUUGACCACCAUACGGAGCCUCAAGCUGAUCGAGGGGUGCAAGGCCGCGCAAAUCUACCCCUUCAACUCCGCGGCCUCCACGUCCGGCGGCUCCGGGGAUGGAGGGGGCGGGGCCAAGCUUCUCCCGCUGCCGCCGCCGCGCAGCGUCUCCCUGAUGUCCGCGUCGCUCUGCUACCCGCACGCGCCCGCCACUUCGGGGGCCUUCUCUUCCGACUCGACCCUCCCCUGCGGCCUCCCGGCGGCCGCCGCGCUCGAGCCGGCGCUCGACGCGUGCCUUCGCCCCGUUGACCACGUCUCGGCGCUCGCGGCGUCGUUCCGGAGGAUGUCGUCGGCCGAGAGGAAAGGCGACGACCUCUGCGAUGUGUACCUGGAGCAGCACGCGCUGUUCCACGCGCUCGGGGACCCCCGGCUGCUGCGCCGAGCGCUCCGUGCCGCGCGCGUCCACGCCACCGACUCGCACCGCCGCGUCGUGCUCGCCGCCUGGCUUCGGCACGAGCGCCGGGAGGACGAGUUCGACCCGAUGCCGCCGCCUCUCGAUCCCUGCGGCCCGACGACCCCGCUCCUCGAGUGCCCCCGCUCCGCGGUCUUCGCCACGGAGUCCUCCGGCGUGGAUCCCGUCUGCCCCUGCCGCCGCACUCCCCCUCCUCCCCCUCGCCCUCCGCGCUUGAGGCGCGACACAAUCUUGAGGCGCAACGCAUCGAUCGCCUUCGAUGAGAGCGAGGAAGAUGAUGAUGAUGAAGAGGAUGAGACCAAUGACUUGUGGUUCGUCAUCGGCCAGGAGGAGGUGGCGUGCGAGCGUUCCUGCAUCGCCGCGCUAGCGAAGCCGCUCAACACGCUCCUCUACGGCGGGUUCGCCGAGGCGCGCCGCGACCACAUUGACUUCAGCCGCGACGGCAUCUCGGCGCGUGGCAUGCGCGCCGUCGCCGCCUACAGCCGACACGGCCGCCUCGACGACUUCCCUCCGGACACCAUCCUCGAGCUCCUCGCCUUCGCCAACAAGUUCUGCUGCGAUGGCCUCAAGGUCGCCUGCGACAACAAGCUCGCCUCCAUGGUGCGCGGCGUGGACGAAGCCCUCUCCCUCAUCGACCUCGGCCUCGAGGAGGCCGCCCAUCUCCUCGUCGCCACCUGCCUCCAGGCCUUCCUGCGGGAGCUCCCCAAGUCGCUGUCCCACCCCGAGGUGGCGCGUCUGCUCUGCAGCCCGGAGGGCAGGGAGCGCCUGGACGCCGCCGGGAACGCGUCCUUCGCGCUCUACUACUUCCUCUCGUACGUCGCCAUGGAGGAGGACAUGAGGUCCAACACCACGGUGAUGCUCCUGGAGCGGCUGUGGGAAUGCGCAGAGUUGCCAUGGCACAAACAGUUGGCACUGCACCAGCUCGGGUGCGUCAUGCUGGAGCGCGGCGAGUUCAAGGACGCGCAGGAGUGGUUCGAGGAGGCUGUCGCGGAAGGCCAUGUGUACUCGCUCGCCGGAGUAGCACGCGCCAAGUUCAAGUGCGGGCACAAGUACAUGGCCUACAAGCUGAUGAACAGGGUGGUCACGGACUACGAUCCUGCCGGGUGGAUGUACCAAGAACGCGCCGUCUACUGCGUGGGGAAGGAGAAGAUGGCUGAUCUCCGGACGGCGACGCAGCUCGACCCGACGCUGACUUACCCGUACAAGUACCGUGCCGCCUCCUUGCUGGAGGAGGACAAGAUGGAGCGUGCGCUGGAAGAGAUCGACAAGGUGCUCAGCUUCAGGAUGGCGACCGACUGCCUCGAGCUCCGGGCGUGGUUCUACCUUGUGGCCGGGGACUUCGAGGCUGCCGUGCGGGAUGUCAGGGCCAUCUUGACGCUGGAUCCGACCUACAUGAUGUUCCAUGGUAAAAUGCACGGGGAGCAGCUGAUCGAGCUCCUCCGAGGGCAAGUGCAGCAGCGGGACAUGGCGGAUUGUUGGUUGCAGCUCUACGACCGGUGGUCAGGGGUGGACGACAUCGGCUCUCUGGCAGUUGUCCAGCAGAUGCUCGCCAGGGAACCCGGGAACAGCAGCUUGCGGUUCCGGCAGUCGCUACUCCUGUUAAGGCUUAAUUGUCAGAAGGCUGCUAUGCGUAGUUUGCGAUUAGCACGGAAUAGUUCGAUGCAUGACCACGAGAGACUUGUAUAUGAAGGAUGGAUCUUAUACGACACUGGGCAUCGCGAUGAAGCACUUGAGAAGGCCGAGCAAUCACUCAGUCUCCAAAGAUCAUUCGAAGCAUUCUUCCUAAAGGCUUAUGCUCUCGGAGACUCUAGCCUUGACGUCGAAUCUGCGCUUUCUGUUGUUCAGCUUCUAGAGCAUGCUAACAGUUGUGCAUCUGACAACCUACGGAAGGGGCAAGCAUACAACAAUAUGGGGAGCAUAUAUGUGGAUUGUGAUUUGCUGGAUGAGGCAACUGAGUGCUACAGCAUAGCACUGAGCAUCAAGCACACACGGGCACACCAGGGUCUGGCUCGGGUCCAUUUCUUGAAGAAUAGGAAGAAGGCUGCAUUUGAUGAGAUGACAUCGCUCCUAAAGAUUGCCAAAAACAGCGCUUCGGCGUAUGAGAAACGGUCGGAAUAUGCCGAGCGGGACGCUGCGAAAAGUGAUCUCAAUAUGGCGACGUUGUUGGAUCCAACCAGGACCUACCCUUACAGAUACAGAGCAGCUGUUCUGAUGGACGAAAACAAGGAGGAGGAGGCGAUCGGGGAGCUGACUCAGGCGCUGGCUUUCAAGCCGGACCUCCAGCUGCUCCACCUCCGCGCGGCCUUCCAGGACUCGAUGGGCGACAGCGCGAGCACCCUGCGCGACUGCGAGGCGGCCCUGUGCAUGCACCCGCAGCACGGAGACACCCUGGAGCUCUACAACAAGGCUUCCUCCAAGGCUGAUCAUCAAUCCGAGAGCUAG